CGAACGUAAGCGUGCCCGUCCGGAAGUGUGUUUCAAUAUUAAGAGACGUUCACGGUGCUUCGACGAGACUCAACCGUUAAACAAGUUUAGUUAGCUAUUGUUAUUUGUAGUCUCAUUGUGGCCUUUGCUAACAGUUCAGUUUUCUGUUUAAGUAGACAGGGGGAAGUUUUACCGAGCUUCGAAGUUAUCUUUAAGUAUAACGGUGAGGUUAACUCUGUUAACGGCUACUUCUGGAUCAACAGCAGCCCUCCUGUAACGUUAGUGACUUUUGACAUAAUGCUCCGUAGUGCAGAGUACUAGAUGCCCACAAUGAAUGCACGAACCUUGUCACUGAGAGCGUUGCUCUUUCUGGGGCUUUGGCACACUGGAAGAAGAAGUCUAGCCUCAACCCCAGAGCUGCAAGAUCAGCCCAAAAAGAUAGCUGUGGUCGGAGCAGGCAUUGGUGGUACAGCGGCAGCGUAUUACCUGAGGCAGGAGUUUGGAGCCGGUGUGAAGAUCGAUGUGUUUGAACCUGACACUGUUGGCGGGCGACUAGCGACAGUGAAGAUCGGAGACUAUGAGUUUGAGACGGGAGGCUCAGUGAUCCAUCCUCUGAACCUACACAUGAAGCACUUCAUUGAAAAACUAGGUAUUCCUCCGAGGAAAGAUGUCCCCUCUAAAAUGGCAAUCUUUGAUGGAAAGGAGCUCAUGUUUGAAGAGAGUGACUGGUUUAUAGUGAAUUUCUUGCGCAUGCUCUGGCGAUAUGGGUUCAACUUUCUUCGAAUGCAGAUGUGGGUGGAGAGUAUUUUGGACAAAUUUAUGAGGAUCUAUCAGUAUCAGCAGUAUAGUUACUCAUUCUCCAGUGUGGAGAGGCUCCUGCAUGCCAUGGGCGGUGAUAGUUUUCUUACCCUGAUGAAUCAGACUCUGGAGGAAACGAUGAUGGGCGAAGGAUUUUCGCAGAUCUUCCUUAACGAUGUUGUCGCACCCAUCACUCGUGUCAACUAUGGCCAAAGUGUCCGCAUCAAUGGCUUUGUGGGGGCAGUGUCUUUAGCAGGAGCAGACUCAGGCCUGUGGGCGGUCGAUGGAGGCAAUAAGAGAGUGUGUUCAGGACUGUUGUACCACAGCAAAAGUGAGCUCAUCGAUGCCAGAGUAACCUCCAUUUCAGUCAAGGUUCGACCGUCCAAGACAGGUACCUUUCAGAUUCCUUCAUUAGGCACCACAACCAGUUACUAUGAGGUUAAUUAUGUUGGAGAAUCAGGUUCUGCACACUCUCUGUAUGACAUAGUGAUAAUAGCAACACCGCUUCACCAGGGAAAGUCUGACAUCAACUUCUCAGGCUUCUCCCCUCCGAUCCCAUCUCACUACCCUGGGCGUUACCACCAGACUGUCUCCACUCUGGUCCACGGCCUGCUGAACACGUCCUACCUCGGGACCACAGAGCUGGCCUCGGAGUUCACCGUGUCUGACGUCCUCACCACAGACUCAAAGGACUCUGUCAUCAACAGCCUGAGCUCUCUUGACCCCGUGCACAUCCCUGAGGGUUACAAGCGACCCCCUGCCAGCCAGACCAAAGUCUGGAAGGUGUUCUCCCAACAGCCGCUGUCCCAGGAGCAGCUGCAGCACAUAUUCCUCUCCUGGGAUUCAGUGUCUGAGACGAAAUGGCUGGCUUAUCCUUCUUAUCGCCCGCUGCACCGUAGGACCCCUCCCUUCAUCCUGCACAACCGGCUGUACUACCUCAACGCUGUGGAGUGGACAGCUAGUGCCAUGGAGAUGAGCGCCAUCUCUGCCAGGAACGUGGCCCUGCUAGCACACCACCGCUGGCACGGACAGGUCAGCAAGAUCGACCAAGAGGACCUGCACACCCGACUAAGAGGGGAACUCUGAAGAGGGAGAACUACUUGAGAUGAGAACCAAAAGCAAUAAAAAAACUAUCAAUCAAGUAUACAGUAUAAACCCACACGCCUGCUGCAAUGUAAUAACACUCCUGUCAGGGCAAAUCCCAACUCUCUUUUAGGUGUCUGGGGUGCUCUGACCUCGUUAAAAUUAAAGGACAAUUCCGGUUUAUUACAACUUGGAUCUUAUUGUUGUGGUUUUGGCCAUAAUUUGUGUCUUUUACUAACCAAAGUAAUUUCUGAGAUCUGGGAUCAUGGGCAACAAAGACAAGCAGUCAAACAGUCAGACAGGUUGUAAACAAGUCAGCAGUUUAACCAGAUUAUCUAGACCACUCUCUUUGGAGGUAAAUAAUCGAUCAUUGCACAGGAAAACUGCUUGUGUAUGCACAGCUACUUCAAAUAUAAUAUUUUAAAGUUGAACCGGGAAGUUGUUCUGUAAAUUGAUGGAUGUUUGUCUUCUCUUCCAUAUAAGUUUGGUUAACCUGGGGGUUUGUUUAUUAUUUAGCAAUGUCUCAGCUUUCCCAGAUUUCAGCAGGUAACUUGGUGAGUACAAUGAGAACUAACAGGAAAAAAAGACCAACUGCCAUUAUCAUUUAAUCACCCAAACAGUAGCCACAGAUCAUCAUUCACCAGCCACAGCAGCACAAAUCACACAAUAAAGUGUAUCAACAUUGUACUGUGCUGAAUUUUGUAAUCACUGUGAGGCAUACUGCACUACAGGAGGGGACACAUAUUAAGUGUUCCUCUGUCUACAUGAGUGUCUUGAAUAAAUGUAUUUUUAGAUUGAUUUUUUUUUAAAUUUGUUUUAAAUGUGCAUAGCUGCUGUUAUGAACACUGUACAGCUAACAUCUAGGAAAUCAGCUUGUUGGUGCCACAUAAGCCAACCAUCUUUACCCUUUAGCCGAAUUCUUGCAUAAAGUUAACUAAUAUAAAUAUGUCCUUUUGUUGAUUGAUUUCUGUCUUCCGAUGAUUUUUCAGUCUCAAUAGUUCAGGCAGCUGUCAGCAAGAGAGUUGUGCCACUAAGACAUUUUCUUUGUAAAUCGGAUGUUGUUGAUGUCAGUUAUGAAAAGUAUAAACAAGUCCAUGUUUUUAUUUGCUAUUUAAUUAAGGAAACAGAUGUAUGAGUUCAGCUUUUUUAAAUUAUGAUUGUGCCUUAAAGAUAUCAGAGUAAUUGGCUUGCAUCUUUAUUACAUGAUAAGGCUCCCUUGAAUUUUAGAAAUCUUUUGUCCUUCAGGUCUUCCUGUGUCAUUUUUAAUAAAGUGAAAAUUGCCAUCAGAGUCAGGCCACCUGGACCAAACUGAAACGAGUAGGAUGCAUUUCUGUAUUUUGUUGUAACAUAUGGAGGAGAAUCUGUAUUACCUGUGCCUGUGAUUUAUCAGAUGUCAUGUCUCUUGAAAAUAUUGGACCUACCUAGACCACUUUCAUGUUCUUUAGCCACUUUGGGAAGAAAAUUGUAGUUUGCUAAUUGUUUCUUAAGCACUUUUAGAGGUGUAUUUUUCUAGAUUUUUGAAAGAUGUUUUCUGGUCGGGAGUAUACGUCAAGACAUACUGUAGCAAAAAGAUUCAUAGUGCAGUUUAAUUGACAGAAAAGUUUCAGUUUUACACUUAAGUCCCUUUGCAAAUGCCAAAAAAACAACCACGUGGAGUAUUUAGACUGGGUUCUAAUGCACAAAUAAAAUUAGGCUUUUAAUUACAAAUCUAAACUUUUGAUUUCAGUUUUAAUUUGAUUUCCACACUGUACUGAAUGUUUUGCAAGUGUUUACGAUCGCAAUAAAGUGAUGAGACUGUG